AUGGAGCCGGACCUGGGACUGUCACAGCGGGGUGCAGGAGAGUUGUGGAGCUCCGCGGACAGGACCGUGGGCAGGACCGAGGACAGGACCGUGGAUAGGACCGUGGGCAGGACCGAGGACAGGACCGCGGCACAGUUCACAGCAGCGCGUCCGGGAGAAACCUUUCAGAAUAAACGCGGCCGCAGGGACGACCUUCCCUGGUCUGCGCUGGGUCGCUCUGACGCAUUAGCCCGGCUCUCCACAUGGGCUCCCCUCGCCCCGACCCCGAAGAACACGUGA